GGGAGAAUAGUUAAAGUGGCCCUUAUCUGAUAGUAGCAGGAACAAUUAUAAGUCUGAAAUAAUUGCUUUACUGCCAACUUCCAGCUACCAGAAAAAGACUUGAAGCCUUUUUUCAGGUUAUAAAGACUGAUCAGUUAAACAGCUGUUGGUUUAAGCAAGUAGCAGAAGAUACUGAUGGGUGAAGUGAAGUCUGAGGAGGAUUUGGUGAUAGUUGGUGCUGGAAUAUGUGGCCUUGCUACUGCCCUUGCUCUUCACAGAAAAGGUAUCAGAUGCACAGUUUUGGAAAGAUCGGAGAGUUUGAGAUCUUCUGGGGUAGCCCUCACCAUUAUGCCAAAUGGAUGGCGCGCAUUGCAUCAGCUUAAUGUUGCUUCAAUCCUUAGACAAACUGCUACUCCCAUAUUAGGGACCAAAGAUAUAUGGCUUGACAAGAACAAGCAGCAAGAUAUGCCAUUGAGUGGUGAAGCACGUUGCUUGAGAAGAAGUGAUCUUAUUGACACCCUUUACAAUGCUUUGCCGCCUGAUGUUGUAAAGUUUGGACAUCAAAUUGUCUCAGUAAAACUGGACCCUGAAACUAGUUAUCCAGUGGUACAGCUUCAGGAUGGAAGUUCUAUUGCAGCCAAGGUCUUGAUUGGGUGUGAUGGAGCCAAAUCAACGGUUGCAGAUUUCCUUGAGCUCAAGCCUACAAAACUUUUUGAUCUUUGUUCGAUUAUAGGUUUAACUAACUAUCCAAACGGUCAUUCAUUUGCUCAUGAGUCUGUACGCAUGAGGAUAAACAAUGUUUCAGUAGGUCGAAUUCCGAUUGAUAGUAACUUAGUUUACUGGUUUGUGGCACACCCCUGGAUGCAAACAGAUAACAUUGUCUCAGUGGACGCUGAACUUAUCAGGCAAUAUGCCUUGUCAUUAGUUAAAGGUUUCCCAGAAGAAGUCUCAGAAAUGGUGAUAAACAGUGACCUUGACUCACUUUGUUCCACACGUUUGAGAUACCGUGCACCCUGGGAUUUACUACUGGGAAAUUUUCGAAAAGGAACAGUCACAGUAGCCGGAGAUGCAAUGCAUGUAAUGGGUCCAUUUCUUGGACAGGGUGGUUCAGCAGGCUUGGAAGAUGCAAUUGUACUUGCCAGAAGCUUGGCCAAAAAAAUAUCAUGUACUCCAACUGAUUCAGCAAUUAUCAUAGAAGCACUUGACCAGUAUGUAAAGGAUCGGAGGAUGAGGAUAGUUCGACUGUCUACACAAACAUACCUUACUGGUUUACUCAUAACGGAAUCUACCUCACUGCUAGUCAAGCUUGCUUGUAUUGUCCUCACAGUUAUUCUCUUCCGCGACGCCAGUUAUCAAACUAAAUAUGAUUGUGGCACUCUUUGAUGUUCAAAUUAAAGAUUGCAUAGGUUUUUCAUGCCAUAAUAAAUUUGUGGUUACAAGCUUGAUGCUUCUGUAGUUGAAGUGGCCAUUAGUAUUGUUUCAUCCUUCAUAUAGGCGCUGGCCAAGUUUCUGAAAGAUGGAUACUGCUGUAUUUGUAGUAUUGUACUACCAGUAACAGAACAAAAUUUCCUGCCUUUUGAACUUAUUUUCAAAAAUUCAAUCGUCUUUUACAGGAA